AUGAUCAAAUUAUUUAUUGAGAAUAGAGUUCAUUUACCAUUGAGUUUCUGUGUGGACAUAGACGUAUAUAGCUCAUCCGCUAACACACAACAAAUAAGAUUCUCUUUAGUAAUCGACGACGAGGACGACGACGACUAUGAGAAAGAGGAGGUCGAAACCGGGACGGAUAGCCAAGUCACUGACCAUCGUCGAACAUUUGCUUCGCCUUUUUCACUGCUGCCAUCACCACCCGAAGUCGGACUUGUGAAAUCCGACGAUGGUGGCGACGGCAGCGGCAGCAAUGGUGGUGAUGACAGUGGUGAUAGCAGCAACUCGUCAUCCGAUAGACUUGUAACUGUCGAUGAGCCAGCAAAAGGAACAGCGCCACCAACAUCAUCAACACCACAAUCAUAA